AUGGAGGCCACAAGCCUGCCGCUCGAAUACCUCUCUUCCACGCCGGCCGUAUUCUCCCCGGCUCCGUCUCCCACACCGGACCCACAGCAACCACAGGAGGGUGAGUGGAGAGACAUUCUACCCAAUCUACUCAACAAAACUGAUUUUGAAGCCCUCUCUGACAGACUGGUCCGUGAGGAGGUGGCCCAGCUGCGCGCCGAUGUGGCAAGCGUAGAGGCCCGCAUGGCAGUAGCGGAGAUUGAAACAAGGGCACUAAGGACGGACUUGGAACUCACAAACACGACUGCCGCAAAACAAGACGCUGACAUAGCCUACCUUACCACAUGGGUUGACGAUUUAGACAACUGCGGCCGCAGGAUGAACCUGCGCAUCCGUGGAGUGCGUGAAGGAGGCCAUUCUGAACACAUACCAGGAACAUUGCGACAGAUCUUUACCCAGGUACUGGGGGGCCAACACGUACCCAGAAUCGGCCUGAUCCGCGCACACAGGGUGCCGAGACCCAUACCAGCACAUGAAGAGCAACCAAGAGACAUAAUAUGCUGUCUAGAAAACUACCACCUAAAAGAAGAAAUAUUACGCACGGCCAAACGCAUGGAGGCGAUCUGCAUGGAAGGUCAGACCGUAUCUAUUUACCAAGACCUGUCACGCUACACCUUGCAGGCCAGGAGGGCACUGCGACUGGUGACGUCAGCGCUGCAACAAGCUAACAUACCAUACCGCUGGGGAUACGAUACCCGUUCUCGCUCACAGCCAGACAUGGACAAGACCAACUGA